UUCGUACGACAUUCGACAAGUAAAAUGGCGGCGAUUAAUGUGAAAGGCGAAACGUUGUCUUAUUUCAACUUGUAAAUAGAGUUAUUGGUAUUCUAAAAUAUUAUUUUUAAUAGAGAAAGAGAAGAAAAAUUCAUAAACAAAGUGUUUUGGUAUUAGUUGUGUGUAGUAUAUGACAAAAUUUGGUGAUUUUCCAUUUCACAAUAGACAAAACCCGUCGCAACGAGCACUCGAAGAGUCGAGGCCAUAUUUAUGAUGUUAUCUGUCGUGUGAGCGUCCUCUGAAACCACAUUGAUAAAUGGUUAUUCAAAACUGAUGCGAUGGAGUGUUAUGUUUACCUGAAGACCAAUUAAGUUAUACAGUAUGACUUCAAGUGCUCCAAUUUAGUGGUAGUAGUUUUGUAUUUUUGUGUAUAACAAACUAUGGAUGAAAGUGUGGACUUCUAUUGAUAAAUUACAUACAUACAUUAACACUACACAAAGCAACACGGAGGUGGUAAUGGAUCCAGUAGGACCAUGGUCAGCAUAUGCUUCGUACAAUCGGCUAGCAGGAGUACAAGCUGGUGCUGCAAGUGGAGAUUUUCAUCACCAUCUGGCAAGCGGAGGAACUGGAUUAGGCAGCCAAUCUGUGCCUUCAACUACUAGCCAAAUAUUACUUCAGGCAGCUCAUACUACGGCAUCAUUAGCAGGACAACUUGGUUCAUCCACUAGCUCUCCUUUCAACCCUGGUGGUUUCCUUUCUCCACCCACUGUGGGGUAUGAUGCAGUUUUCUCACCUUUAUUUCAUCAUGCCAACCCAAAACCAGCACAUUAUAGUUCAUCCCUACAGGCGCAGCACCGUCAAGUAAUUGCCCAAGCGCAGGCAGCGGUCGCCUCUAAACAAUCUUCAGUAGAAAGUGAAAUUUCCUCAUUAAGGGAAAAUUAUUCCCAUCAACCGCUAGCUGCACAAGGAACAUCAUUUUUUGAUCAACCAACAACACCUGGCAGUACGGCAGGUUUGAGUUGGCAAGGAAACAAUCAACUUCCCAGUCCAUUUGGAAUUCUACCUCAUGAAAGUGUUGUGCCCUCAUCGCCAAGUCCUGCCACAACAAAAGCAUCAGCGACAUAUGAAAACUUUAAUGCUCACUUUGCUGCCGCUCAAACUCUCAACAAUCACCUCAACUCUCAAAUUUCCAGUGCCGGUAAACAAACAAACAGGUCGGGAUCACCUGCAACAGCAACUAAACAACCAGCUUCUUCAACAUCAUCUUCGACUUUUUUUCAAUCUCCUUCAUCUUUUGGAAACCAGUCUGAUAAUUCGUACAGUUCAAGUGCAAAAAGUGGCCAACUCCCAUCACAGCAGGAUUAUGCUGGAAGUAAGUCAUAUUCAAGUUCUGCAAGUAAUGCUGUUCACUCCCAACAAUCUUGUAUAGUGUCAACUCCAUCAGUAACAUCCUCUCCCCCACAUCCCAGCAAAGAUUACCGUUCACCCCCUUCCAAUUCUACCAGACCGUCAGCGACUAUAUACAAUUCUUCACCUAAGAAUUCUUCUAGUGAAAAAAGCCCCCACACAUCAUCUAGUAGUAGUAGCGGUUUUGUAUCUCCCACGUCCAAACCUCCACAAAUACAAACGAAAGCACAAAGUAAAAUAUACCCCGAGUUAAGUUCAGAGCAAAGAAAAAUCUGUGACACGAAUGACAAACUCCAACCCCAGUCGUCCCCUAUAAGUUACUCUAUUAUGGAUAGUCCUGGUAGAUUAAAUUUUACUUCGGGUACUGGAACCUCUUCUAAGACUAAUAGAAUUGGCAGUUCUCAGUAUAAUUCGACACAAAGUUCAAGUUUUAGGCAUUAUCAAAGUGGAAAUAAUGUAGAGUCAGAGUAUCAUGUUAGAGCUAAAAGUAGUUCUAGUACUGACACUGGAUAUUCCAGCAGUAGUUCUCAAAAUGGACCUGAUUGUGGGGUUGUAGUCUCUAGAAGGCAUAGUCCUUUGCAGGCGGCACCUCAGACCUCGCCCUUAGGACAUGGUUCUAGUCCAGCCUACCCUUUAUACCAUAGUCCCAUGAAUUCUAUCAAUUCCCCUCAACAGCUAGGGGAUCAUUACAGCAAAGUGAAUAAUGCUGCACCAAGGUCACCCUUAGAUGCUUCUGUCUCACGACCACCCUCACAAAAUAGCCAAGUCGCUUACCCUUCCGUUAUAACAAGAGCCUUAGGAAUUGAACAAACUAAAUCUUAUAGUGAAAAUAGAUACGAACGUAACCAAAAUCAGCCAGCAACUCAAAGUUGUUGGGAAACAGAGAGGCAAUCCAACAGAAAAUUCAGCAGUAUUGGUAUGAGUAGGAGUAACAGUUCUAGUAGCUUCAACGGCUUAACUGAAAAUAAUACUCAUCCUGAAAAAUCCUCAUCUCAGUCCCAGAGUUCUAAUGAAAAAAUAUUGAGUUUGUCUGAAAGACAUCAUAAUUACGUCGAGGGCAAUAGUGUAGCUUUACAAGAUCUCUCUAGUUGUCGCGGUGAUCCUAUGAGUAUAGUUAAGAAUCUUCAAAGUUUACAACAAAGUUGUCAAAUCCAAGAUAGUAAAAGUACUAAAAGUCUAACCCCAGUGUCGAACUUGCCACCCGUAAGUAAAUCAAUAUCCAGGCGAAAAAGUACUGAAAAAGUAGUACCUCAUACUAACAUGAAUGACAUUUCCAAUGCCGUAAUGGCAGAUUAUUUAGCUAAUAGAAUACCACCACCCGCCCAUAGCUCCACGAGCCAGCAACAAAACGGUAGCUAUUUUGAUUUCGAGAGAUGGAAUCUUCCGCCCCCUCCGCCUAAAAUGUUUCCCGGAACUUCAGCUUUCGGUUCCCAAGCACCACUACAUGCCACUAACUUCAAUCAACACCAAGCUCUGGCAAUGCAGCACGGUCACACAUUAACCUAUUUUUCUCCCUUUCACCUAGGCCACCAUCCCGAUUUCCAAUCCUCUGUGGAGUUAACACCUCUAUCUUCAUUUAGUGAAACUCCACCUUCGGCUUCCUCGUCAUCUUUUUCCACACCAGAAACUCGUGAAGAGGAACAGCCCAAGGUGGUAGUACCUAAUAUAGAAGAAGAACUUGGUUUCCUUGCAGAACAACGCGCAAAUACUGCAUCGACGGUAGCACCCACUUCACAGCAGCAGAACAUUAACAGUACUUCACAAGACGCUACUUCAAAAAUAAUGGAAAAAAAGUUCAAUGUUCCCGUUACGGGCCCCGGUUCGGGAUUCAUGGCUUCUUAUUUGAAAUUUUUACAAGGAGAGAGAGAUACCUCUCCUCCGCCGGCCGGUCGAGGCGCCAGGAAAUCUACAUGGUCGAGGAGCAACACCAACAGUAACACGAACAAUAAAACAUAUCCCAACGACCAUAACAAAAGUCAGUGCGAGACGAAUUCGUCGCAGAGCGCCAACGGCUCCAUGGCGACCAUUAACUCCGGCAUGACGCUCGGCAACCCCGCCAUGAGCACGGCGCUCGCCAACCAGCCGCACCCCUCGUCCACCCUCCUCCCGCACGCCAAGGCCGCGGAGCAGGACGAGUCGCGCUACUACAGUCUGAACAAAGACAGAAAGAGAAAGUACGACGGCACGGAGGAGGCCGUCUACGACGCGGACGAGGAGGCGAGGCGGCUGAACAAGCCCGUGCUGAACGUGCCCAGCACGCCGCUCAGCGACAAGGGCAAGAAGGGGCGAGCGGCGGCGAUGAGCAAGGCGCCGCCCUCGGCGUUGGUGGCGCCUCAGCCGGCCGCGCCCAAGAAGCCGCGGGCGCCCUCGCACCCGGCGCCUCCGCUGCCUCCCCCGCAGCAGCAGUACUAUUACCAACCGCAGCCCGAGGAAGUGCCGUCGCACACAGUCCUGGGUUACGGGGUGUACGGCGACGGAGACGCGAACUCCAACAGGAAGUUGCAUCAUAUAAAGCACCAACAAGUGUCGAGCAGUGCGCAGAUCGAGAACAGACCUAUCGAAGAAAUGCCUUACCAGUCCGGCGAGUUUGUUGCAAUAAAGAGCGAACUGAACGAGAUGUGGCCGGCGAUAUGGAGAGUGGACGGCAAGACGUUACUACAGAAGUAUGAACCGUUUGAAGAAAAUGGGAAAGUACUGUAUAGAAAUAUAUCAACGUAUGCAGCUUGGAAUCCUGAGAAUAAAAAACUGUACACGCAAGUCCCUGUGAAAGUUCGGUCGCAGUCCCAUUUAGAAACAAUAGUAGAAUUAGUGAGAAGCGAGUUGCAAGGGGAUGAAUGUAACUUUAUAGAAAAAAGGAUGUUGGAAACUCAAAUGUACCAAGAAAACUUUGAAGUUUAUAUACAGACGUUAAUAUCGCACGCGUUGGAUCCCAAUUUCCUGACGGAGAUUUUCCAGGAGCAAGACGAAUACUUCCUGUCUAACGUCAAAACUGUGGACGAGGUGACUGAGAGUAUGCGUCAACGCGUGUCGUGCAGUAACGCUCGGUCGCUGGACGCGGCCGUGGACGUGUGGCCGGGGCUGAGCGUUGCGGCGGGCGGUUCGGGGGCCUGUCGAGCCUGCACCAGACCCGCUGUGACUCGUCUGCUGCUGUACGGACAACCCUACAACCCGGCCACGCUCGAACCCGUGCAACCCAACGCCAGGCUGGCAUACGAGAAGGAGUUCCUGUUAUGCACAACUUGUUGCGGUCGAGUGCAGUUGUACUCGAGAAUAUCACAUCAGAAGUACCUCAUGUAUGCCGAGUGCAGUAAACGAGUGGCUGAGAAACGAAUGCAGAAUCCAAGUAAAGAUACCACAGACAUACUCAACGAAUUGCUAGCGGAUGAAGUUUGGCUGUCACAGCUGUUCCGAGACGUUCGACAUUCGUGGGCCGAAGCGGAAUCCUGGGAGAGGAAAAUGAGACAGGCCAUGACACGACAGAUGAUUUAACAUUGAACAUAUGCCAAAAUAACAAAGGACUGUGUAUAAUUUACGUUUUAUACCUGUGGGAUGUGUGUAUGUAUGUAUGUAUGUAAUAUUUAUGUUUUUAUUACACGCGUACGCCACGCCAGCUGCGGGUAAGCAUCACGUAUUAUUAGUUGUCUCGCGUUAAACGGUCCGUCGGCUUGGCUGUUACCUAACAUCGGUUCAUUAUUUUGUUAGUUGCGGUGCCAUUUUUGCUUAGUGGAAACGCAAAAAUCGUAUGCUGUAUGGUUUGUGAUUCUGUCGUUUAUUUUAUUAAGUGCUGUCUUGUAUUUAAAUGAAACGGUAUUAAAGUUAAUUUCAUCGAUCAGGUUAUUUUGUGUAUAUAUUUUUUUUUUCAUCAAUUCAAACAACUAAAUUCUCCUUUGUCAAUGGCCUUAACAGUCCUUUUAUGUACAACUUAAACCGUCGAUGAUCUUAGCCAAAACAUAAAGUAGGUAUCGGUUAAAUAACUAGCGGAAGGUCAAUGACUCAUCUCUAAUAAUAAAUGGCCUUGUAAAAAUGUAUUGCGGUAUUUGUUAAAUAAUAGCAAUAUUUAAUAGAAAAACCACACAAAUAUUUUUAUGUAUGUAAAUAAGAUGAAUUGUCAUAAUGUGCAAUGCUCACUGGGAACAGAAUUAAUUUAAAUUGUUUUGUACAUUAAUUUUUUAUCGCAGCAUCCAGGUUUUGGGAAUGUGCAAGUAUUAUGAUUUUUUUUUCCUAAAUUUAUUGAGAUCUAGUAAUAAUCUGUGAUGUUAUAGACAGAUAUACCUCUACAUACCUUAUUGAGAACACUGACACAAUUUCUAGACUGAUUUAUCAUCACAGGAACAAAGUAUAUAUAUAUAUUUAUAUUUAUAUAUAUUUAAUUAACUAUCUAUUUCAAACAUAUUUUGAUUACUUUAAUGUAUUUCUUCUUUUUACAAAACUCCUAACAAAACUUGUGAGAUACAAGUAUCUUGGAAUUGAAGGAAAAUGAGAUCUGUAAUUUUAUCUCUUGCCUUUUUUCUAUAUAAAUCCUUUAACUAUAAAUGUUUAGCAAGAAACGAGAAAUUAAUAUUAUGAAUGGGUAUGAACAGUCUACCGUUGCUGCAACAGUCUAUAAUAAUGAUUACUUUAUCACACUAACACAAUUCUAGAGCUUUUAUAUUUAUAACCUCUGAAUAUUAUUCGAGAUUUGAUUUUUAAAUUUGUCAAAUGACCAAAAAACUUUUUAAUGACCUCCGGUGAAAAUUAGUGCUAUAUAUCACAUUCCUGAAGCUUUCUUUUUUUUUUUUGUAUAAUUUUAAAAUGAUAUCUUUAUUAAAAAGUGAUGUUUAGUUUUUAAGUUAGUUCACAUAAUUUAUAAAUGAACAAAAUGGCGUUUAUUAUAUAUAAACUAUAUAUAACUAAAAUAUAAGUACACUAUUAGAUUGUAUUUUGUAUACUUACAUUGGGUUGUAUAGGUUUAAUAUAAUGAAUGAUGAACAAACAUACGUACAUCAGAGAAAUUAUAUAGACUUAUAGAGAAACUUGCCGUCACCGAAGUAUGGGAGGACUUAAUUUAUUUUGUUCUGGUGAGACGAGAUGGCUCACUCGUUUUGACACUUUCUUAUACAUCAUAAUAAAUGGCAAUUUUAUCAGAA